AGGGGGUUCCAGACUGUGACGGCUUGCGUUUAGUGCGCAUGGUGUGUCUCAAGACCGGGAACAGGCUGUGCACGUUUACCUGUAGCUAGGCAAACUGCAAACUUCAACCUACUCCAUAUAACAGUCCUAAAGUGUUGCUGUCAUGCCUGCCAAAAAGUCCACCACCAAGAGGAAGUCUGAGCCCAUUGUGGAGGAUGAUAAAGACCCCAAGAAAGUGAAAGUUUCCCACAGGAGUCAUGGAAAGGAGGCGGGUCAGGUUCUUGUUCUAGGCCAGGGCGAUGUUGGACAGCUGGGUCUUGGUGAGAACAUCAUUGAGAGGAAGAAGCCGGCCCUUCUGUCCCUGCCAGAGAAAAUUGUGCAAGUGAUGGCUGGGGGCAUGCACACUGUGUGCCUCAGUGACACUGGUCAUGUCUACACUUUUGGCUGUAACGAUGAAGGUGCCCUCGGUCGGGACACAACAGAGGAGGGCUCUGAGAUGGUUCCUGGAAAGGUGACAUUGGAGGAGAAGGUGGUCCAGGUGUCAGCAGGGGACAGCCACACAGCUGCACUCACAGAGGAUGGAACUGUGUACAUGUGGGGUUCCUUCAGGGAUAACAAUGGUGUUAUAGGUCUUUUGGAGCCCAUGAAAACAUGCACCAUUCCAAUCAAAGUCCCCAUGACAGAACCUGUUGUGAAAAUUGCAUCAGGUAACGACCACCUUGUACUGGUUACGCUGGAUGGAAAUCUCUACACAUCAGGCACUGCAGAGCAGGGGCAGCUCGGUAGAGUGCCUGAGCAUUUUUCAAACAGAGGAGGCAGGAAAGGCCUCAGCCGGUUGCUGGAACCACAGAUGGUAAAACUCAAAGGGAAAGUUCACUUCAUAGAUGCCUUUUGUGGGGCGUACUUCACCUUUGCUCUGUCAAAAGAGGGGCAUGUUUAUGGAUUUGGUCUCUCCAACUAUCACCAGCUGGGUACUAAACACACCAGGAUGUGUUUUGUCCCAGUCAAACUGACAUGCUUCAAAAACUCUACCACCUCUUGGGUGGAAUUCUCUGGAGGACAACAUCACACACUCUGCCUUGAUGCUGAAGGACAGGUGUAUAGCCUGGGCAGAGCAGAGUAUGGUCGUCUUGGUCUGGGCCAAGGGACAGAAGAAAUGAGUGAUCCCACGCCGGUGAAGGGGAUGGAGCCGGCCAGUGGGUUGACAUGCGGGGCGUCUGUCAGCUACGCAGUCACCAGAGAAGGAUCUGUGUAUGCCUGGGGCAUGGGCACCAACCUGCAGCUUGGCACCGGAGAGGAGGAUGACGAGUGGAGCCCUGUAAAGAUGACAGGCAAGCAGCUGGAGAACCGUGUAGUACUGAUGGCCUCCAGUGGAGGGCAGCACACAGUCCUUUUGGUCAAAGACAAGCAGGAGAGCUGAUGUCCAUCUCUAACAUCUUUUGUUCUGUUUUGAGAGGGGGGGGGGGGGGG